AUGUCCAGCAAACGUAAUGCAGAAUUACUUCAACGGCUGCAAAAGGAGGAUACCCCUAUAGGGGGCAAGACUGAGAAGUCAACGAGUGGAAGAGCCGGAGAAGAGUGGUGGGUUGAACUCUGUUGUAUAUGUAUUGUUCAGAGUAUACUAAGUGGGUUGGGACGGGAGCAGGCGCAGCACCUACUAAAAUACGGGGUCCACUCAGAACGGGAUAAGCAGCUAACCCGGGCGCCCAGCGCCAAGAGUGCCUGCGCAAGCUCCACGAUCGCUAACCAGGUGAACCCGCACACCAUGCCCCUGUUGGCAUAUCUCGGGUUUGUGGCUUGUUCAAAACCGACCCCAGUGGUGUUAGGGCCUUGGUAUGUUGAAGAGCAAGCCAAUUCACCAAGUGUAGCUCUGCCUACUGUUGGUCAACCUGGGAAUCGAAAGGACGGCAAGAGAGUGUUGAAGCCUUGCGGCGCUCGAUCACUGCGAGUUCGAACUAACAAGAUACAUAAUGCGUGGUUGAGGUUGGCUCCAACUCGGUAA